CUGCAAUCCUAGCACGAGCCAACCAGCAAUACCAGCAAGCGAGAGGAAUGUGGAAUGACGAGUAUCCCAUUUGUUCAAAUCAAGGUUGAGGAUCGUCCGUUUCAUAUGCCAAAACGAAACGAUCCAUCAGUCGGCCCGGCAAAUCAGGUUUAUGAUGGUUCUCCAUCGCGGAAAUAUGCACGGUAGAUCGAUACGAUAGAUGGAGAGAUGGAGCGGAUGUAUUCCGUUGUUGUCAGGCCAUAUGCACAGGUAUGUGAAUGGAGUAUAAUCCUUGCGAACUUUGAUCACAUAAAUAUAUAUCCGAGACCUUGGGCAAUGUGAAGUAUAUUCUUGUAGUCUCAUCAAGUCAGCUAAAGAGAGAUUCGCACCCAUUCAACAGAUGUCCCUUUUCCUGAAUCAUGCAUCUCAAAUUGGCUUUACCUUUCUUCCUCGCCGUAGCAGAGGCUUGGACUCCUCAGUCCAGAGCUGCGGCGAAAGCCAGCGGCGAGAGGAUCACUGAGCGAUGGCUUCCAAACGAUGAUAAAAUCCGCGGCGUCAACCUCGGUUCACAAUUUAUCAUCGAACGAUGGAUGGCUGAAGAAUCAUGGAAUAACAUGGGUUGUAGCGCCUACAACGACGAAUGGGCAUGCGUGAAAGGCAUCGGCCAAGACAAGGCCAACGCCGCUUUCAAGAAACACUGGGAGACUUGGAUCACAGAGGAUGACAUCAAGCAGAUUGCAAGUCUUGGUCUCAAUGCCGUUCGUAUCCCCGUUGGAUACUGGAUGUAUGAAGAUAUCAUUCAGAAAGGCGAAUACUGGCCUCGCGGUGGGAUCUGGCAUCUUGACCGUAUUGUCGGGUGGUGUAAGAAGCAUGGAGUCUAUGCAGUAAUUGGCCUCCAUUCUGCUCCUGGUAUUAGCUCGCCGAAUGAACAGUUCACCGGCCAUUCUAUUCCCGACCCUGGAUUCUAUACUGCUGAGAACUAUGAGCGAGCCUUUAAGUUUCUUGAGUGGAUGACCAAACGUAUCCAUACAAAUGGAAACUACACUACUGUAGGCAUGCUCGAGGUGCUAAAUGAGCCCGUACGCGCCGGCAAGUGGAAAGCUGAGGCAGACGACAUGAUCAAGAAUUACUACCCUGGUGCAUACAAGCGCAUCCAGGCCAUGGAGGGUUACCUUAAAGUCCCCAAAGCUGAUCGAUUACACAUCCAAUACAUGGGCAAAAGCUGGGGCGCAGGCGACCCAAGACAAUACCUCCCAGACGACGAUCUCAUCUUCUUCGAUGCCCAUCGGUAUCUAUCUUUCGACAACAGAAUCGCCGGUAACAAAAAGUCUUACAUCCAGACCGCUUGCAAAGAUAACAUGGGCCAACACGUCUUUGUCGGCGAAUGGUCCCUCUCAGUGAACUCAACCUUGAAGAACACAGACGAGUUCAAGAUUGAAGGCCAAGAAUCAUGGUACAAGGCUUACUGGGCCGCACAAGCAGAGUCUUUUGAGAAGUCUGAUGGAUGGUUCUUUUGGUCUUGGAAAUGUGAUGGAAAUCUUGGCAAGAAGGAUUGGCGAUGGUGUUAUCAGGCUGCUGUUGCUGCGGGUGUUAUUCCCAAGGAUGCUGUCGAAUCUCUCUACAUCUCUUUGCUCCCUUAUAUCAACGCCAUGGCUGAUCGCUACGUCACCACUCACGAGUCCCCUAACGGACCAGGAGACUCUCGACCAACAGCUAUCCAAAUCAUCAAGGAUGAGGGUCUAGAAGGAAAACUGAUCGGCCAAAUCGUCUUCAUCACCGGAUGUUCUGCGGGCAUCGGCAUCGAGACCGCGAAAGCGCUACAUCUCACUGGCGCAACUCUAUAUCUAACGGCUCGCGACCUCCAAAAGGCAAAGUCAGCCUUAGGUGAUCUUGCUCAAGAUAAAGGUGUUCAUCUUCUGCAGCUUGAUCUUGAGUCGCUCGAGAGUGUCCGCUCGUGCGCUGCCAAGUUCUUAUCCGAGAAUACGAAACUCAAUAUCCUUAUCUGCAACGCUGGGGUCAUGUGCACACCAGAAGGACGCACGAAAGAGGGCUUCGAAACACAGUUUGGUACAAAUCAUCUGGCUCACUUCCUCUUGUUCCAACUCCUCAAACCUGCUCUGGCCAAAGGUGCUACAUCUAACCGCGCAUCGCGAGUCGUCAUGCUGAGCUCACUUGCCCAUCGUUUCGGCGAGGUCAACUUUGACAACAUCAACAUGGAAGGCUGUUACGAUCCCAACAAAGCAUACUCCCAGAGCAAAACUGCCAACCUCUGGACAGCUAACGAGAUCGAGCGGAGGUACUCCAGUGAGGGUAUCCAUGCAUGGAGUGUUCAGCCAGGUGCUGUUCUCACCGACUUGGGAAGACAUUUAUCUGAAGAACAAAAGAGCGGCCUCGCAGUGGAUCCGUACCUGAAGACAGUUUGGAAGCUCCCGGAUCAGGGUGCUGCUACAAGUGUCUGGGCCGCCGUCGCCAAAGCCUUGGAAGGUCGAGGCGGGAAAUAUCUGGAAGACUGUCAAAUCGUAGGGAAGUGGGACUCUUCAACUCCGUUUUAUGCAAGAGGGUAUGGGGAGCAUGCAUGCGAUACUGAGAAAGCGGCGAGAUUAUGGGACAAGUCUCUAGAGUGGGUAGAUUUGUAG